AUAAAACAAGGCACAAUUCUCAGCUAACAUUUGGAGGGGUUGAUAUCAGGAGACAUGCAUGUUAGUCUUUUAUUGACAGUGACAUUAAUGUUUAUUACAAGGGUUUCCCCUGAGUUUGGGGAUAAUUUAGGCACCUGUAUCCUCCAAGGUGACCCACAGCUCCCUGCUCUCUUCAAGGAUGGAGACUUUGUUGUUGGAGGGGCUUUUACCAUUCAUUAUUAUCUGAGGACAGAGAAGCACACCUACACUAGACGGCCACAACCACUAGUGUGCAGUGGCAGCAUGGACUUUAGAGAGCUACGCUUUGCUCGUGCCUUACAGUAUGCCAUCCAAGAGAUCAACAACAGCUCUGAUCUCUUACCAGGCAUUACUUUAGGGUACCACAUAUAUGACUCUUGUGCAUCUGUGCCAAUGGUAAUGAAAGUAGCUGUUCAACUUACCAAUGGAUUAGAUCUCUUAUUCAACGACACUGGAUCCUGUGUAAAAUCUGCUGCAGUUAUCGCAUUAGUUGGAGAAUCUGGUUCCACUGCGGCUAUAAGCACUUCAAGACUUUUCGGUCGUUUUGGAAUUCCACAGGUGAGUCAUUACGCAACAUGCGCAUGUCUCAGUGACAAGCGUCAGCAUCCUACUUUCUUCAGGACCAUCCCCAGCGAUCACCAUCAAGCGGCAGCAUUGGCACAGAUGGUUAAGCGCUUCGGAUGGACGUGGAUCGGGGCUGUGCGCAGUGACUCAGACUAUGGGAACAAUGGCAUGGCAUCAUUCCUGAAAGCUGCAGAGCAGGAGGGAAUCUGUGUGGAAUAUUCCGAGGCCUACUACAGGACUCAGCCACGCAGCAAACUGAAAAGGGUCGCGGAUGUCAUUCGUAGGUCAACAGUUCAUGUAAUAGUUGCCUUCAUGGCAGCAGGUGAUAUGAGAUUUCUGCUAGAAGAGCUGAGCCAGCAGCCUCCUCCCCCGUUACAGUGGAUUGGGAGCGAGGCAUGGGUUACAGACCCACAAAUGCUGCGGUUUAAUUUGUGUAUCGGUGCUGUGGGUUUUGCAAUUCCCCGGUCUGUUAUCCCAGGUUUUCGUAAUUUUCUACUUGACAUGUCUCCAGAACAAGCGCUGAAUUUUCCCCUGCUGACAGAAUUCUGGGAAAGCUCAUUCAGCUGUAGUCUAAAACGACAGACAGGUUCUUCUGCUGAUAUGCCAGCUUGUGAUGGCAGGGAGAACCUGCGUGCUUUACAGAACCCCUACACAGACACGUCCCAGUUACGGAUCACUAACAUGGUGUACAAAGCCACAUAUGCUAUAGCUCAUGCCCUCCACGGCAUUAUCUGUAACAAAAAGCAGUGCGACAAAAACAUCAAAGUUGAACCCUGGCAGGUUUUUUAUCAGCUGAAGCAAGUAAACUUUAUCAAAAAUAAUUAUUCGGUCUCAUUUGAUACCAAUGGAGACCCUGUGGCCACAUAUGAACUUGUGAAUUGGCAGCUUCAGGGAGACGGUUCAGUUGAUUUUGUGACAGUGGGUCAAUAUGAUGCAUCCAAGCCUAAAGGCCAAGAAUUCAGUCUGAGCAAAUCUAUAAUUUGGUAUGAUGGCAGUGAAAAGGUGCCUGUGUCUGUAUGCAGUGAGAGCUGUCCUCCAGGUACAAGGAAGGCUGUGAGAAAAGGAAGACCUAUCUGCUGUUAUGACUGUAUUAACUGCGCAGAUGGUGAGAUUAGCAAUGAGACAGAUUCUUUAGAUUGUCUCAGAUGCCUGCCUCAGUAUUGGCCCAAUAAUGAGAAGGACAAGUGUUUUCCUAAACCAGUGGAGUUUCUCUCCUGGGAUGAGAUCCUUGGGACUAUGCUGGCUGCUUUCUCUAUUGCUGGCUCUUUAGCAGCUUUUAGCAUAACUUUAGUAUUCUACAAAAACAGGGCUUCUCCGAUAGUAAGAGCCAACAACUCAGAGCUAAGCUUCAUGUUGCUCUUCUCAUUGACUCUGUGUUUCCUCUGUUCACUUACUUUCAUUGGUCGUCCCACUGAGUGGUCCUGUAUGUUACGUCACACAGCAUUUGGCAUCACUUUUGUCCUCUGUAUCUCUUGUGUUCUGGGGAAAACAAUAGUAGUGUUAAUGGCCUUCAAAGCUACAAUUCCAGGAAGUAAUGUCAUGAAAUGUUUUGGGCCUCUUCAACAGAGAUUCAGUGUUUUUGGUUUCACUCUAAUACAGAUACUUAUAUGUGUGCUUUGGUUAACAAUAUCCCCACCAGUUCCUUACAAUAAUAUGCAACAUUACAAAGAAAAAAUAAUUCUAGAAUGCAGUUUAGGAUCAGCUAUAGGUUUCUGGGCUGUACUAGGUUAUAUUGGCCUGCUAGCUUUCCUUUGCUUUGUUUUAGCUUUUCUAGCACGAAAGCUACCUGAUAAUUUCAAUGAGGCGAAAUUCAUCACAUUCAGCAUGCUCAUAUUCUGUGCUGUAUGGAUCACUUUUGUUCCAGCUUAUGUCAGCUCUCCAGGGAAAUUCACGGUGGCCGUGGAGAUAUUUGCUAUUUUAGCUUCAAGCUUUGGUCUGAUUCUCUGUAUUUUUGCCCCUAAGUGUUUUAUUAUUGUCUUUAGACCAGAGCAGAAUACCAAAAAACACUUAAUGGGUAAAAUACCAACAAAAGCCCUCUAAAACACACAAAAUUAGAUAUCAAAUGAUUUUACU